CUGAGAGCAUCAUUCAUCUCGUAAUCAGAAAUAAAGGAAAUCGGCCAAAAUGUGCUGCAAAGGUUUUCUCAAAACCAUGAUGUUCAUCUUCAAUGGUGUCAUCUUUUUGGCAGGUGCUGCGGUGUUGGCGGUAGGAAUCUGGGUGACUGUCGACCAAGUGUCCCUUCUGGGAUUUUUAGACCAAAUUGAAGAUGCCCCUCCUGAGCUGGCACAGCUGGCCAACAUCGGCUACGUGUUGAUCGGAGUGGGCUCGUUCCUGGCUCUCGUGGGUUUCCUGGGAUGUUGUGGAGCGAUUCAGGAGAACAGGUGUAUGCUCCUCUCUUUCUUCAUCAUCGUGCUCAUCAUUUUCAUCGUAGAGGUGGCAGCAGCUAUAGUACUCUUCGUCUUUCAGCCUGUGGCCCAGAAAUUACUGCAGGAACUUGGAGAGAAUGUUGCUAAGAGCAUCAAGGCUAAUUAUGGGAAAGAUGAGAGUUUCACUGGCGUCUGGAAUAACACUAUGAAUGAGCUGGAGUGCUGUGGAUAUAACAACUACACUGAUUUCACGGGCUCUCUGUUUGUUAGUACAUCAUCACUAUAUCCAGAGACUUGCUGCUACAGGAAUAUUACUCGCUGUGUUGAAAAUGCAGCGGAAAUGUCGAACACAGUGGGCUGUUUCAAUGCUUUAGUGACUCUGGUUGAGGAAAAUGCUAUUUUGCUGGCAGGCGUGGCCAUUGGAAUUGCCGCUUUAGAGAUCGCAGCAAUGAUUGUUUCUAUGGUCCUCUACAAGAAUGUAGGAAAAUGAUUAAAGACUGAAAGCAGCAGCAGACGCUAAUGUCGACAUCAAAGUUUACUCAUGAUGCGGCUUGAAUCAACAUUAAUAUGAAUUAUAAUGGAAAUACUAUUUCGGCUGCAGAAUGAAGACAAAAGCCGUUUGCACAAAAAACAUUGUGUCUUUAAAAUUAUUAUUUUACUUUUUAUGUUCAAGAAUGUUUAGCAAGAGUUGUGCUUAACUGCAGUGCAACAUAUGAAGCUAAAAAGCUAAUAACAUGUAGAA